CCAGUCUGUCCUCUUGAAGAUGAAGAUGUCCAAUCCUAUUAAAUGACACUUGGAGUACUGUAGUUCAUGAAGUUAAUGAAUGAAUGAAAGUGAAUUGGGGCAACUUACAUUUUAGAAUCAUCUUCUGUGUCUUCAGUACAAAUGCCAAAAUGACCAUAAUACUUAUUUAGAAAACUUGAAGAUGGCCGGAGCCCCAGGUUCCAUGGACCAAGGGGUAGAAGUAAGGAAGUCCAAAAAAUCCAUUGUUUGCUCACUUGUUCGAUUUCAAAACAGAACAGAGAGAGGUGUUGACAUUAUAUGGUUAAACUAUGAAGGUGCAAGAGUGAAAUACAAGACAUUGCAAGCGUAUGAGUUUGUGGAUGUGAACACUUACGUAGGACAUCCUUGGAUUUUCUUGGAUGUAGAAUCUGGAGAGAGACUUGUCGUUGAUCUGAAAUCUGUGUACGAGCCAACUACAGGAUGGGUACCUAGUCAAUGGCCAGUGAAACCAGUCAGAAAAGUUGUGAAUAUCACAAUUCCCAUUUACUCAUUAAAGGAUUCCUGUAUAAGGUUUUUUAAAAAGCAUCUCCCUAAAAACAACAUAAACAAACUGGAUCUUCCAAGUUCGUUGUUACGGGAAAUGUACGAGAGAUAUGACACUCCUGCAAUAGCAAGCGGACUGCGAUCAACUGCAAAAGUUAUUGCUCCUCCUGACCAAGAAGGAACAAACUGAUGGAUUUGCAAACGUGUGUGGAAACUUGAACAAGAUUUUAUGUGCAUACAUAUUCAUUUCCUACUACGAAGAAAGGAAUCUAGAAAUAAACAAAGUGUACAAAAAUAUUUUAUGCACACACAUUUACAUAUUCGUUAGUAGUGCAAAAUGUUUGUGGAUUAUAGAAAAAUGUCAUGACAACCCCGAUAUGACUUCACAAAAUAAUUCUCCUGCAUGUCAUUUAGUUUCAUCAAUACUCAUCAUUUAUUUUUUACCCUCAUCACCAAAUGCCAUUGGAAGGUUUUUAAAACUAGAUCAUGUAAAUUGUAUAUAAACUGUUGAAAAUUUUGACCAAUACUGGUAUCUUAGCAGGAUGUGAUGGUUAAAAAAAAUAAAUCCGUGCAGUGUACCAA